AUGGCUUCUACAUUCAGCGGUGACGAAACAGCACCGUUCUUCGGCUUCCUUGGCGCCGCUGCGGCUCUCGUCUUCUCCUGUACGGGAGCAGCGUAUGGGACAGCGAAGAGCGGAGUAGGGGUAGCGUCUAUGGGAGUAAUGAGACCGGAACUAGUGAUGAAAUCAAUAGUGCCGGUUGUUAUGGCUGGAGUGCUUGGAAUAUAUGGUUUAAUUAUCGCAGUUAUAAUUAGUACUGGAAUUAAUCCUAAAGCGAAAUCUUAUUAUUUAUUUGAUGGGUACGCUCAUUUAUCGUCCGGUCUCGCUUGUGGUCUUGCUGGUCUUUCUGCUGGUAUGGCUAUUGGUAUCGUCGGCGAUGCUGGUGUUAGAGCUAAUGCACAACAGCCGAAACUUUUUGUUGGAAUGAUUCUGAUUCUCAUCUUCGCCGAGGCAUUGGCUUUAUAUGGACUUAUUGUUGGCAUCAUCCUCUCUUCUCGUGCUGGCCAAUCCAGAGCAGAGUAG